AUGAAGAUUGCACGUAAGCUCGCAGCUCCAACCACCGCACCGCGCCAGCCAGCUCCCUGCGUCGUACCGUGCCGCGUCACGGCUACUACGACUGCUGAGGCUGAGCUGCCUCCAACACAUCCCAUUCGCUUGGGGCUGGCUUUGAAUUUUUCGGUCUUCUACUAUGAGAUUUUGAAUUCACCAGAAAGGGCAUGCCACCUUGCUAAGCAAGCUUUUGAUGAAGCCAUCUCUGAGCUUGAUACAUUGAAUGAGGAUUCAUAUAAAGAUAGCACCUUGAUAAUGCAGCUUCUAAGAGAUAAUCUCACACUAUGGACCUCAGACAUAUCAGAAGAUGCAGACAGCUCUCUCGCGCCGCGCCACAGGCACCCACUGCACAUGUUACAGUCUUCCACGCCGCACCAGUUCGCCUCUUCACGCCGUGAUGGCACAACAUGGUGCGGCAACCUGCUACAGCACACGCCACUCACGCCGCGGAGGAUCCACACGCCGCGCCAGUCACACCCGUCACGCCGCGGCGCCUGCUUGUUCCACGAUUUUUCCUCACGCCCGUGGCACAUGUUCUAUAUAAAUACACGUAUCGGACACGAUUAG